CUUGGAUUCUGGACGCACGAGACCUUCUCACCAUGGUCAUCCCCACUUCUAGAUAACGGAAUAACUUCUUUAAGGCUCUACCCCCCCUUGUAUCGACACCCGAUACUCCUUGGAAGUUACCUUCAGGAGCUAUCAUCAACCUCAAAUCACUAUCGGCAUGCAUGCUAGAACAGAAGGCCUCGAUCCCGGGGGAAGUGGAACCUCAAAACUAAGUCGAGCCGCGAUUACUGUUGCUGGCGUGGCUUCUCUUGUAGCUACAUUGCUAUCUUGCUUCUCAAUAUGGCUUCAACUGAAGAACUACCGGAAGCCCCUCCUACAGCGUUACGUCGUGCGCAUUCUUCUCAUGGUUCCAAUUUACGCUAUAUCCUCCUGGGUAUCACUUAUUUCACUCAGGGUCGCUUUCUUUGUUGACCCAAUCCGCGACGUAUACGAAGCUUUUACGAUCUACACCUUCUUCCAGCUACUCAUCAAUUUCUUGGGCGGGGAGAGAUCUUUGAUCAUCAUGAUGCAUGGGCGAGCACCAAAAGAACAUCUUUGGCCAAUGAACUAUAUAUUGCCUAAGGUCGAUAUUAGUGAUCCGCAUACCUUUCUAGCAGUGAAACGAGGUAUUUUACAGUAUGCCUGGAUGAAACCUGUUCUUGCACUCGCCUCCAUCGUCAUGAAAGCUACAGGGACAUAUCAGGAGGGCUACGUAGGCCUCAGAAGCGGUUACUUUUGGAGCGGAAUUAUUUACAAUCUGUCCGUUACUCUCAGUCUUUACUCGUUGGGUAUGUUCUGGGCAUGUAUGUCUCGGGAUUUACAGCCAUUUAGGCCGGUUCCUAAGUUCCUUUGUAUAAAGCUCAUUAUCUUUGCGUCUUAUUGGCAAGGGUUCUUUUUAUCGAUACUCGUAUGGUUAAGGGUGAUUCAUGAUGUUGGAUAUUACACUCCUGACAAUAUUGCCCGUGCAAUCCAAGAUGUCUUGAUAUGUUUUGAACUCCCAGGGUUUGCUAUAGCUCACUGGUAUGCGUUUUCGUGGAGAGACUACGCGGAUCAUACAAUCUCGGCUGCCAGGCUCACUGUUUACUUUGCUUUCCGUGAUGCGUUUGGCAUUCGCGAUCUCAUUGAAGACUCGAAAGCCACUUUUGGGGGUGAAGGAUAUGAAUACCGCCUUUUUGAUCCUGGUGAAAACGUAUUGGCGCAUCCAGAAUCCGGUGCACGAGUGGCAAGAAUGAUGGAUGGUCUCAGAUACGAAAGAGGCGGCAAGGGCAAGUAUUGGAUCCCCAAACCCACAGCCAGGACUGGUUUGCUUGGUGCGCCUGGCCCGAGUGAUCGUUCGAGGAGUAUCAGUGUUGGAGAGGCAGAGCGAGGCGAUAACAGGAAGUGGAGAGGAGGGGACUAUGGCGCGCUCCGUGAAGCAGAGAUUGACGAAGAUGAUGAGGCACUCUACGAUGCUGCAAGGAAACUGGAAUAUGGUGACUAUAACUAUCCGGUAAUUACUGCGCAUGAGCCGUGGAGAAACCAUCGGUGCCGUUAUAUGCCUUCCUCUUCUGGCCCAGCUGUUACGACGACUGCAACGAACCAAGCUCUGCUGCGGCCGAAAUUGAACACCAGAAACUCGAACCACCGCUCUGGGAAAGGGAAAGGGAUCGACUCUCCAUCAAAAGCCCCUUUGCUGGGUCGUAAUAAAUCGGCAUCGUCCUCUUCCACAAACUUUUCCGAUAGAAGCGGACUAGUAGAUUUGGUAGUAGAAGACACGGAGGCUGAAGAAAUUGAAAGGGUAAGAGCAAGGAAAGAAGGAGGUCCAGGCUGGAACGAAACCGAACAAAAGAGAUAUGUCAGAGUCUACCCGGACGAGCAUAUGGGUGAGGAGGUAAGAGAGGGCUUCGACCCCCAUAAUACGUCAAUGACUGGCCUAGUAGAAGGCGAUAACAAGAGGGACAAGUUUGAAAUUGGGGGCGAAGGUGAAGAGGAGGAAACCGAUUCGAGGGGGGACAGAGACUUCAGAGCCGGAUUGCUGGAUGAAGGGCAGGGUAUAUGGAAAGAUAGUAAUAGAGGUGAAGAUGCCGCGCCCCUGAGUUACGGGAGUAUGCGAGAGGAGAUAAAUAUAUGGGGACGACCUGACUGAGACUAAAUUUGGAUGGGUAUUUAUUUUCGCUUAGUCUACUAGACAAGCUUCCUUUUUCUUUUCUUUCUCUCUUCCUUUCCUCCCUUUCUUCUUUCCAUUCCCAGUUGCUUCUUCAGGAGUUCAGUUUCCUGUUUUUUAUUCUUGUUAGUUUCUCAGAA